AUGUUCACAAAAAUUAGAAGCUUGUACUGGAAGUCAUCGGAAGCUCACAAUCGACAUUUACAACAAUCAAAUUUAUUCUUUCAUUUAGAUCAUCGUGUUGUGAGCGAGUUAAACAUUAAAAAGCGAUUCCAACAAAAAGAAAAACUAAUAAAACAAGAAGCAAAUUCCAGCGCAAUAUAA